UAUGGCGGACGAAUUUUUGCGAAAACGACGUGAAACUGAGGAACACAUCUCCAAAAAAGGGACCUCAGUAAAUAAUUUAGAAACUACAAAACUGGACACCAGCUUAAAGGACUCAAAGUUACUUUUUGGUUUGAUAGUUUUCCGUGUUUGCAACGUGUUCCUUGUUCAAACUUGGUUUGUCCCUGAUGAGUUUUGGCAAGCACCUGAAGUGGCUCACAAUAUCGCGUUCGGCUAUGGUCAUUUGACUUGGGAAUGGCGCGAAGGAAUUCGAGGGUUCACUUAUCCUCUACUCUUUGCCGUUCCGUUUAAAGUUCUAGAAAUUUUCAGGCUGGAUUACCCAACAUUAGUGAUAUAUUCGCCACGAGUUAUACAAGCCAUAUUUGGUGCUGUUGGGGAGUAUCAUAUUUAUAAACUAGCUAGGUUAUUAUAUGGUAAUAGUGCUGCUUGGUGGGUACUAUUCUGUCAGGUGACCUCAUGGUUCAUGUUUUACUGCAUCACACGUACGCUCACAAACUCCAUGGAGACAGCACUAAUCUCUAUUGGCUUAUAUUACUGGGAAUUCUCAGAAAAGAUCAGACCUGGUUCUACAUCAGAGAUAAACCUGCAGAAUUCGGCCAUAUACAAAGCAUUAGUUUUGGCCUCUCUUUCAUGCUUGGUCCGGCCGACUGCGAUGGUAAUCUGGGUCCCACUUGGUGUUGCCAGAUUAUGGAAAGUGUCGCCAGUCCAUUUUCUCCUGAUCUUUGUACUUCCAACUGGAUUGUUCUCUUUAAUAUUCUCCAUCCUAACUGACAGUUACUUUUAUCGCAAGUUUGUAUUAGUGCAAUAUAACUUUUUGUACUUCAAUAUAAUGCAAAAUAUUGGCGAGUUAUAUGGAACACAUCCAUGGCAUUGGUAUUUCACACAGGGAGUACCUGCAGUGUUGGGAAGUCAUCUUGCGCCAUUGGCUAUUGGGCUUUAUUCCUCUGGAAAAUGUUUGCAGAAGUGGCUUCUACUUAUUGUGAUCGACGUUACUGUAUUCAGCUUCCUUGGUCAUAAGGAGUUCCGAUUCAUCUUGCCUGUGGUUCCUAUGGCAAUGCUCAUCUCUGGCAGGGGUUUGCAUUAUAUUGCAACUACAGAUUCAUCUGUGAAUGUUAAAAAACAUGAUGACAACUCAAUCAGAGAUAUUACUCACAUUAGUUUCAAAGGAAAACUUCUGGCAAUCUUUUUGAUUGUGACAAAUAUUCCUGUUGCACUCUACAUCGGUCUUGUGCAUCAGCGUGGCACACUUGAUGUGAUGAGAGCUUUAAAUGAGAAAGUCGAAACCAAAACAAAUGAUGCUGUAUGGUUUCUAAUGCCUUGCCACUCAACACCCUAUUAUAGCUAUAUGCAUUCAAAAGUGGACAUGAGAUUUCUUGACUGUAGUCCCAAUCAGCAACCAGGAUAUAUUGAUGAAGCAGAUUUAUUUUAUAACAAUCCACAAAGCUGGCUUGAUGUUACUUUCAAAAACAGAAAAGAGUUGCUGCCAUCCCACCUUGUUUUCUUUGAUGUUUUAUUUAAAGACAUUGAACUCUUCCUGAAAGAAAAUUCUUACUCUGAGUGUGGGAGAUACUUCUACAGCCAUUUCCCCUCAGGGAGGUUGGGACGAACAGUGUGUUUAUUUUGCAAGAUGGACCACAACAAGUAACACCAGGACUGCUUUUAAAUCUUUAAUUCAAAAAACUAAAUAUAUCAAAACUACACAAGCCACAAAAUA